CCACAGCCUGAAAACAAAUCACAAUCAUGUACAAACUGUUUGUUGUUGCUGCCGUGCUGGGCCUUGCCGCAGCCAAGCCCAAUGGCUUAUUGGAUAGAGUAGCAUACUCUGCCCCCAUCGCUUACUCGGCACCCUCAGUGGCAUACUCUGCACCCGCCAUCAGCUACUCUGCACCCGCCCUCGGCUACUCUGCGCCCGCCCUCGGUUACUCAACAUCCGCCAUCAGUUACUCUGCACCCGCUGUCGCUGCGCCAGUAGCCUACUCUGCCCCUGCUGUCGCUGCGCCAGUAGCCUACUCUGCCCCUGCUGUCGCUGCGCCAGUAGCCUAUUCUGCUCCCGCUGUCGCUGCUCCCGCCGUCGCUGCACCAGUAGCUUACUCCGCACCUGCCGCUGUCGCCGCCCCUGUAUCGUACUCUACCCCAGCCGUAGCCGUUUCCCCUGCUGUUUCUUACGCAAGGUCUGUUGUUGCUGCCCCAGCUGUCGCACCUAUCAGUUACAGCGCUGGUUAUGCCGGAUAUGGAUAUGGUGCCCCCAUUGCCUACAGCGGCCUGUCUGGCUACGGUCUCGGUUAUGGAUAUGGCAGCUAUGGCUACUGGAAGAAACGUUAAGAUCUAAGCAACUAUCUGUACAUGUUCACAACACAAAUAAAUGU